AUGGACCCGGGCACCGCGCUGGUCCCGCCGCCUCCGGGUGCGCCACACGUGCCACAUCCCCGUGCCACAUCCCCAUCCACCCGCAGGUGCCCUCUUGGGGGGGGUUCCCCUCCUUUAGCCGCCACGCUGGCCACCCCGGGGGGCCUGGAGGUGUGGGUGCCGGAGCGACUCACCUUCAGCCUCUGGGACUACGGAGUCUUCGGGCUGAUGCUGCUGGUUUCCACCGGCAUCGGGCUCUUCCACGGCUUGGCCAAAGGUGGCCAGAAGACCUCGGAGGAUUUUUUCACGGGGGGCAGGCGGAUGUCGGCGCUGCCCGUGGGGCUGUCGCUCUCGGCCAGCUUCAUGUCGGCCGUGCAGGUGCUGGGGGUGCCGGCGGAGGCCUAUCGCUACGGGGCCAAAUUCCUCUGGAUGUGCGUGGGGCAGCUGCUCAACACCCUCCUCACCGCCCAGCUCUUCCUCCCCGUCUUCUACCGCCUGGGGCUCACCAGCACCUACGAGUACCUGGAGCGGCGGUUCAGCAGGAGCGUCCGGCUCUGCGGGACCCUGCAGUACGUGGUGGCCACGAUGCUGUACACGGGGAUCGUCAUCUACGCCCCCGCCCUCAUCCUCAACCAAGUGACUGGUCUGGACAUCUGGGCAUCCCUGCUCUCCACCGGAGUCAUCUGCACCUUCUACACCACCAUAGGCGGGAUGAAGGCUGUCAUCUGGACCGACGUCUUCCAGGUGGUGGUGAUGCUCUCUGGCUUCAUCGCCAUCAUCAUCCGGGGGGUGCUGUUGGUGGGGGGUCCCGCCAGGGUGCUGGGCAUCGCCACCAACGGCUCCAGGGUCAACUUCGGAGACUUCAACCCGGACCCGCGGAGCCGGUACACGGUGUGGACCUUCCUGCUGGGGGGCACCUUGGUCUGGCUCUCCAUGUACGGCGUCAACCAGGCCCAGGUCCAGCGCUACGUGGCCUGCAGGACCGAGCGGGAGGCCAGGAUCACGGCCUCCACCAGCAUCAACGCCAUGGCGGCUGUCACCGUCGAGGACCUCGUCAAGCCCCGGCUGCCCACGCUGUCACCUCGGAGGCUGACCCUCAUCUCCAAGGGGUUGUCGCUCAUCUACGGCACGUCCUGCAUCACGGUGGCAGCGCUGGCCUCGCUCCUGGGGGGGGGCGUCCUGCCGGCCAUCGUGGGGGACUUCUACGCCAUCUCCUACCUGUACUACGGGGCGCUGGGGACCCUCACCACGGUGUUGGGGGGGGUCCUGCUCAGCUCCCUGCCAGGGCCGACCAAGCGGAGGCGGCCCCCCCAGGGCGUGCUGUGGUGGGACAUCGCCAAGCAGACGUCCUCGGCGUGUCCCCCGGGCGCCGACACCCCUGGGGAAGAGCCCCCCAACAAAGGGGGUGCCCCCCAGGCGCUGCCGGCCAGGUCGGAGGGGGACGGUGGCCUCCCCCGGGGCCCCCCCCACCCCGAGCCCGGGGCUGCCACCGACCUGCUGCUGCAGGAGACCCACGUGUAG